UUGAUAUUGUUUACAAGACCAUCUUGUUGAUAAAUUAGCAAACAAGCAUCAGAAAAUUUGUACUAUUUAACGCACAUAAAUAUUUCAUAAUUAUGUCUGAAGAAAUCGCUUUGGAUGCUGAUAACGUAAAUGCAGAUACAAAUAAAGUUGUAUUUAAAAAGAAAUCGAAAAAAAAUUUAAGGCAAAGGCGACAAUCUGAAGAGGAUGAUGAAGCGGAAUCAGCAACAUUGGGAGAAAUCAAAGAACGUCAAAAAUUGCGACAGCGUCCAAAUGGUGUAAGCGUUGUUGGUUUAGCUUUAGGUAAAAAACUUGCACCUGAGGAAGAAAUUAAUAUUAAAGAUCCAUUUAGUGCUAAAAAUGGUGGACUAGUAAAUAUGCAAGCACUUAAGUCUGGCAAAGUAAAAGAGAGUGAUGAUGCAUACGAUGUUGGCAUUGGUACACAAUUCUCUGCUGAAACUAAUAAACGAGAUGAGGAUGAAGAAAUGAUGAAAUAUAUUGAACAAGAAUUACAGAAGCGUAAGGGCCUGAAAAAGUCUAACGCAGAAACAGAUGAAAGUGAUCCAAACAAGUAUUUAACUCCGGAAGAGGCGGCACUUUAUGCAUUACCUGAUCAUUUACGACAAUCUUCAGCAAAUCGUUCCGAAGAAAUGUUAUCAAAUCAAAUGUUAAAUGGUAUUCCAGAAGUCGAUUUAGGUAUUGAUGCUAAAAUUAAAAAUAUUGAAGCCACCGAAGAAGCCAAACAGAAAAUGCUACGAGAUCAGAGAAAUAAAAAAGAUGGUCCCUCUCAAUUUGUGCCCACAAAUAUGGCAGUUAACUUUAUGCAGCAUAAUCGAUUUAAUAUUGAGGAAAAUACUGAGCAGAAAAAACGAAAAAUUGAUCACGAGCAACAACAACGUAAUAAUGUUGGUCCCAAUAACGUUAAACGGGCCACUGAUGAUUACCACUAUGACAAAUUUAAGAAGCAGUUUAGGCGUUAUUAAAUGGACGCAUAUUUUUCUUUUUAUAUAUUUUUUAUAUUAAUAAUAGAUGUUACUCUGAUGUUCGUAAACAUUAAAAUAUAUUUUAUUUAUACCGAUAUUCAAUACAUGUAAGUCUUGACUAGAUUAGAGGGUAAUUGAUGGAGACUAUACAAAUAAAUUAUAU